AUGGUGACUAAGUGUGACUUUUAUCCUUCAGCCAAAAGGCUAGAGUCCUAUCAGGAAACUGUCUCUGAAGAUGAGGAUUGUGCAGAUACUCUGAGUGGAUCCCUCAGCAAUAUGGCGAAACCAAGAGCCCACAGCUGCAGGACAGUUCACAAUGGACCUUUGGGGAGCAAGCCCUCAAAUCAGCUUUCUGGAAGCACUUUUGCAAUAGGAAGUGGAGAAGGAGCCAGUGAAGUGCCUCAUUCUAGACAGGCUGCUUUCAGUAGCCCCAUCGAAACCGAUGUGAUACCAGACACCAGGCUUUUGGACAAAUUUAAUCAGAUUGCCCCUCGGCUUUUCACGCCACUAGAUGGCACCAUCCAGAGUCCACCUCUGGAGACUCUGUACAUCAUGGACUUCCUUAUUGCACUAGCAAUUUGCAACACAGUAGUGGUUUCUGCUCCUAACCAGCCACGACAAAAGAUCAGGCUGUCUUCAUUGAGCGGAAUUCCCAUUAAGUCCUUGGAAGAGAUUAAAAAUCUCUUCCAGAGAUUGUCUGUCCGAAGAUCAAGUUCACCAUCCCUUGCCAGUAGGAAAGAGCCACCUUCUGGAGUUCCAUGUGCCUUUGCAAGCAGACUGUCUCUCUUCAAUAGAAUGAAACUGGCUUCACCUAUGGAGGAAGAGGCCUCCCAGAUGAGUGAGACUCCCCAGGGCUCCAGUCACUCAGCAUGCUAUACAGAAACUGAGAAGCAAAAUGGUGAUACAGGAGUCAUGAAUGGCCAGAUGGAAUCCCUCCCUGGACAGCCCUUGCCCACUGACCUGUGUUAUGAGGCCGAGAGUCCAGACGAAGCAGCCUUAGUGUAUGCCGCCAAGGCUUACCAAUGCACUUUACGGUCACGGACCCCAGAGCAGGUUUUGGUGGACUUUGCUGCUUUGGGAACAUUAACAUUUCAACUACUACACAUCCUUCCCUUCGACUCAAUAAGAAAAAGAAUGUCUGUUGUGGUCCGACACCCCCUUUCCAAUCAAGUUGUAGUGUAUACAAAGGGUGCCGAUUCUGUCAUCAUGGAGUUGCUCUCAGUGGCCUCCCCAGAUGGAACAAAUCUGGAAAAACAACAGAUGAUAAUAAGAGAGAAAACCCAGAAACUCUUAGAUGACUAUGCCAAGCGAGGACUGCGCACUUUAUGUAUAGCAAAGAAGGUCAUGAGUGACAAUGAAUAUGCAGAGUGGCUGAGGAAUCAUUUUUUAGCAGAAACCAGCAUUGACAACAGAGAAGAAUUACUAGUUGAAUCUGCUAUAAGGCUGGAGAAUCAGCUAACAUUACUUGGUGCUACUGGCAUUGAAGACCGUCUGCAGGAGGGAGUUCCUGAAUCUAUAGAAGCCCUUCACAAAGCCGGCAUCAAGAUCUGGAUGCUGACGGGAGACAAGCAGGAGACAGCCGUCAACAUAGCUUAUGCCUGCAAACUACUGGAGCCAGAAGACAAGCUCUUCAUCCUUAAUACCCAAAGUAAAGAUGCCUGUGAGAUGCUGAUGAGCACAAUUUUGAAAGAACUUCAGAAGAAAACUACAGUCUCUAAAGAGCAAGCAUCAUUAAGAGAAGAUUUCUCUCAGCCUCCUGUACCCCAGGACACAAGGCCACAAGCUGGACUCAUUAUCACUGGGAAGACUCUAGAGUUUGCCCUGCAGGAGAGUCUGCAAAAGCAGUUCCUGGAGCUGACUGCUUGGUGCCAAGCUGUGGUUUGCUGCCGAGCCACACCUCUGCAGAAAAGCGAGGUGGUAAAAUUGGUUCGCAACCAUCUCCAGGUGAUGACCCUGGCCAUAGGUGAUGGUGCCAAUGAUGUUAGCAUGAUACAAGUGGCAGACAUUGGGAUAGGAGUCUCAGGUCAAGAAGGCAUGCAGGCUGUGAUGGCCAGUGACUUCGCCAUUUCUCAGUUCAGACAUCUCAACAAGCUCCUUCUUGUACAUGGGCACUGGUGUUACAUGCGACUUUCCAACAUGAUUCUCUAUUUUUUCUACAAGAAUGUGGCCUAUGUGAACCUCCUUUUCUGGUACCAGUUCUUUUGUGGAUUUUCAGGAACAUCCAUGACUGACUAUUGGGUUUUGAUCUUCUUCAACCUCCUGUUCACAUCUGCUCCCCCUGUCAUUUAUGGUGUUUUAGAGAAAGAUAUAUCUGCAGAGACCCUCAUGCAACUGCCUGAACUAUACCAGAGUGGUCAGAAAUCAGAGGCAUAUUUACCCCUUACCUUCUGGAUCACCUUGUUAGAUGCCUUUUAUCAGAGCCUGGUCUGCUUCUUUGUGCCUUACUUUACAUACCAGGGCUCAGACAUUGAUAUCUUUACAUUUGGAAACCCCCUGAACACAGCAGCUCUAUUCAUCAUUCUCCUCCAUCUGGUCAUUGAGAGCAAGAGUUUGACUUGGAUCCACAUGCUGGUAAUCAUUGGAAGCAUCUUGUCCUAUUUUCUCUUUACUUUGGUUUUUGGAGCCAUGUGUAUAACGUGCAACCCACCAUCCAACCCCUACCAGAUUAUGCAGGAGCACAUGCUGGAUCCUAUGUUCUACCUAGUUUGUGUCCUCACAACCUGCAUUGCUCUUCUGCCCAGGUUUAUAUACCGAGUUCUUCAAGGAUCCCUAUUUCCAUCUCCAAUUUUAAGAGCUAAGCACUUUGAUAGACUAACUCCAGAAGAAAGGACUGUAGUACUCAAGAAGUGGAGAGGGGCUGGAAAGAUGCAUCAAGUGACAUCUAAGUGUGCUGACCAGUCAGCUGUCCAGUCAGGAAGAAGAUCCAUGUCUAGUCCUUCUGCAGCCCUUGCAAUGAAGUCGGCAACUUCUUGUGCUGUUGAACAAGGAAACGUCCUUUUAUGUGAAACUGCUUUAGACCACUCUGAAACUGAGGCCUCGAAGAUGACUGGACCUUCAAAAUCUUAAGAAAGCAGGAUACCCUCCUUGGAGUUGCAAGUAUUCUUUCAAGUUUGGAAGAACAGUUUUGAAGAGGCACCCCUACAAAGCAAGGAUUACUUGUGUUUCUCGGUAAGGGACAUGGACAUUUUCUAGGCAUAGAAAAGCCUACAUGAUAACCAUUAUUGUAUGUUUGUAUAUACAUUUGUAAAAGAAGGGUAGGGUUUGAUCUGGAAGUGAAAUAUUUAACUCACAAAUAAAAUGCUUUUAUGAAACUUUUUGGAUUUUGUAAAAGCAUUUUAAUUGUUCUAGAAAUGCAAACAUUGUCAAAGGGAUUCAUUUAAGAUAUAUUUAUUUUGCAAGAAAGUCUUUGAGAAAUGCUUUAAAUGAGAAAGGCUCCAAUCUGAAUUUUUCUUUAAGAAAAAAGUAUGCAUUAGAUUGAUUAGUUAGGACUCAGAUAUCUAUAUUAAAAAAUAUCACAAAUGGCUUUUAGAUAAAUUCCCAAGAGCCUUUUAAACGAUGUACCUAAAAUUGGAUGAUAACUGGACUAUUUAAAAUAUAGCCAGUGAUUAUUAAUAGCUUUUUAUUUUCUAUGGGAAGAAGACUUUGGUCCUCUAACUGAAGAUAUUGAGUGUACUCUGCUCAUUUCAGUGUUUCAGAAGGAGUACAAGGGACGCUAGUGUUCCAUCAGCACCAGGAAUGGGUUGCUCUCUCAGCUUCCCAUCAAGGGAAGAAUUCUCAUGAGGUCUUCUCUGAGACAUAUCUCUGUGCAGAUGUUGGCAGUUGGGGGAACAGAAAUCAUAGGUCAGGUAGACAGAAUCAGCUGAGCCUACAGCCCCAAUUGGCAAGUUCCUAUAUUCUAAAACUGAGACAAUCAGUUUCAAAACAAUCUUCCAGAGACCACUUGAAGGUUCAUAGUUCUUACAGUACCCCACAGCUUGUCUGGUGGUGUAGCUUCUAAAAACAUGAAAUAUGGAGUGAGACUGGUACAGGUUAUUCUCAGGGGACAUAGAAAAACUUGUUUUGUAAUACUGUUAAGGACAGGAAUGUCCAUAGUACAUUUACUGCUAUUAAAAAUCAUAUUUGCUGGCUUUGCUUGGGGACAAGAAACUAGUUCAUACCAAAUAAGGCCAAGUGCUAUUAUAUGAGCAUAUAUUCUUGUUGAGAUUUUUUAAAGAAUACAUUCAUCUGAAAGUUACCCAGUCACCAGUCAUCUAGAUUUCUUUUCUGAACCUCUGUGCUAAUGUUCAAUGUCUCUAUCAAAGUCUUGUUAAUGACUAUUUAACCACUAUUCUCAGGGUUUAAUCUUCUACCUGCACCAUACUG